AUGACGCCGCUCUUCCGUUCCGCAUCGCGCUCGAGGUCCAGCAGCUCGUCCCGCCUCCUGUCGUCCGCAGUCGAGCGCGCGGUGCCAUCCACACGCCGACGUCUGCGCGAGUUGCCGCCUCCAAUAAAAAUGACAGACGCCGCGACGUUGCGUAUCAAAGAGCUGCUGGCCAAUAAACCGAACGCAAUUGGCAUCCGCCUGGGGGUGAAAACACGUGGAUGCAAUGGCUUGUCGUAUACGAUGAACUACGCCGACAAGAAGGAAAAGAUGGAGGAGGAAGUGAGCAAGAAUGGUAUUCGUGUUUUUGUCGAGCCCAAGGCACUUUUCCACGUGGUUGGCACGACCAUGGACUUCCAGACGACUCCAGUCUCGUCCGAGUUUGUGUUUGAGAAUCCGAAUGCAAAGGGUAGCUGCGGCUGUGGCGAGAGCUUCAAUGUGUAG